ACGAACUCGGUCUCUCUCUCUCUCUCUCUCUCUCUCUCUCUCUCUCUCUCUUAUGCACACACCAAAUCGUGUGAGAGAAAGUUGGAGAGAAAAUCUUCAACACACAUCCACUCGCUCAACAAUCAUUCACACAAUUCACCUAUCAAUCAACCUCAAUUCCAGAUUUCAUGAUUAUUUCUAGGGUUUUACAACUCUUUUAACCUAACCUAGGGUUUUGAAUUUUGAUUCAACCGUUCGCGACUAAUCCACCAACAUGAUGGUAUCCAGAGGGUUGUUCGGGUGGUCGCCACCACACGUACAACCACUAACACCGGUAUCGGAGGUGUCAGAGCCGCCGGAGUCACCGUCGCCGUACAUGGACACGAGUAACGAUGCGUUACCGGUUGAAGCUGAAGAGGAAAUGGAGGAGACGGAGGAGAUCGAACCGCCUCCGGCUGCUGUGCCGUUUUCGAAACUGUUUGUGUGUGCUGAUAGGCUUGAUUGGGUGCUUAUGGUCGUUGGAUCGGUUGCUGCGGCGGCGCAUGGGACUGCACUCGUGAUCUACUUGCAUUAUUUUGCUAAAAUUGUUCAGUUGUUGGCUCGUAGUGGUGCGGAUGCGGAGGCUGAUGUGCUGUUUGAUAGGUUUAAAGAGCUUGCUCUCAUUCUUGUCUAUAUUGCUGGUGGUGUUUUUGCUGCUGGUUGGAUAGAGGUUUCAUGUUGGAUUCUUACUGGAGAAAGGCAGACUGCUGUUAUUCGGUCAAGAUACGUGCAAGUACUCCUUAAUCAGGAUAUGAGUUUCUUCGACACUUAUGGGAAUAAUGGAGACAUCGUGAGCCAAGUAUUGAGUGACGUAUUGCUAAUCCAGUCAGCCCUAAGUGAAAAAGUUGGAAAUUAUAUUCAUAACAUGGCUACAUUCUUUAGUGGCCUUGCAAUUGGAUUCAUAAACUGUUGGCAAAUCGCGCUAAUCACUUUAGCCACUGGUCCUUUUAUUGUGGCUGCCGGAGGAAUAUCGAAUAUAUUUCUCCAUAGGCUUGCUGAGAAUAUUCAAGAUGCAUAUGCUGAAGCAGCAAGCGUUGCUGAACAGGCAGUUUCAUAUGUUAGGACCUUAUAUGCUUUUACAAAUGAAACAUUAGCAAAGUAUUCUUAUGCUAAUUCACUACAAGCUACACUAAGAUAUGGUAUAUUAAUUAGUCUUGUGCAAGGACUUGGGCUUGGAUUCACGUACGGGCUUGCGAUCUGCUCUUGCGCCUUGCAACUUUACGUUGGACGGUUUUUGGUUACACAUAGGAAAGCUCACGGUGGAGAAAUUAUAACCGCUUUGUUUGCUAUCAUUUUAAGUGGCCUUGGACUCAACCAAGCUGCAACCAACUUCUAUUCAUUUGAGCAAGGAAGAAUUGCUGCGUAUCGACUUUUCGAAAUGAUUAGUCGUUCAUCCUCCGCCGUUGAUCAUAACGGAAACACUCUUGCUACCGUCCAAGGGAACAUCGAAUUUCGAAACGUGUAUUUCAGUUACUUAUCUCGUCCCGAAAUUCCUAUUUUAAGUGGAUUUUACCUAACUGUCCCCGCCAAGAAAACAGUGGCACUUGUGGGUAGAAAUGGCUCUGGUAAAAGUAGCAUUAUACCCCUUAUGGAACGGUUCUAUGAUCCCACUUUAGGUGAAGUUCUUUUGGAUGGCGAGAAUAUUAAAAACUUGAAACUCGAAUGGCUAAGAAGCCAAAUCGGGUUAGUCACUCAGGAACCUGCAUUACUAAGCUUGAGUAUCCGCGACAAUAUCGCGUAUGGCAGAGAUGCCACGUCACUUCAAAUCGAAGAUGCUGCUAAAAUCGCACAUGCACAUACAUUUAUCACAUCCCUCGAGAAAGGAUACGACACACAGGUCGGUAGGGCUGGUUUAUCAUUGACAGAAGAACAAAAGAUAAGGCUUUCGGUUGCUAGGGCUGUGCUUUCGAACCCGUCUAUUCUUCUUCUUGAUGAGGUCACCGGUGGACUAGAUUUUGAAGCUGAAAGAUUUGUUCAGGAGGCGUUGGAUCUCUUGAUGUUAGGCAGAUCAACGAUCAUAAUUGCUCGGCGGCUUUCUCUUAUAAAGAAUGCUGAUUUUAUUGCGGUUAUGGAAGAUGGUCAGUUAAUGGAGAUUGGAACACAUGAUGAAUUAAUAGCCUCCGAUGGGCUUUAUGCAGAACUUUUAAGAUGUGAAGAAGCAGCUAAACUCCCUAGAAGGAUGCCAGCGAGAACCUACAGUGAGACUACAGCUAUCCAAAUUGAAAAAGAUUCUUCAGAAAGUCAAAACUUUCAAGAACCAUCAUCUCCUAAAUUUGCGAAAUCACCAUCACUUCAGCGAGCUUCAAACUUGCAUGCAUCAAGGCCUCAAGAUUCGGCUUACGGGUCCCACGAAUCGCCAAGAAAUCCAAGCCCUACCGAAAAAGAGAACGGUCUGUCAUUAGAUGGAACAGACAAAGAACCGUCAAUAAAAAGACAAGAUAGUUUCGAAAAAAGGUUACCAGAAUUACCGAAACUUGAUAUUCACGGAAUCCGUAGACAAACAUCUAAUGGAUCUAAUCCUGAAUCACCAAUUUCACCACUUUUGACUUCUGAUCCGCAAAGUGAACGCUCACAUUCACAAACCUUUAGUCGACCUAAUUCUCAGCUUACUGAGAAACCAAUUAGGGUUCAACCUGUAAAAGAAAAACAACAUAAAAAAGAACCAUCGAUUUGGAGACUUAUAGAGUUGAGCUUGGCUGAAUGGCUCUAUGCUGUUUUAGGAAGUACUGGUGCUGCAAUAUUUGGCUCAUUUAACCCGCUUCUUGCCUAUGUGAUUGCCCUGAUAGUGACCGCAUAUUAUCGAAGCGAAAUCGACAGACAGAUUAACAUACGUGGUGACGUGGACAAGUGGUGCUUAAUCAUUGCCUGCAUGGGUUUUGUGACUGUAAUUGCAAACUUUUUGCAGCACUUUUACUUCGGUAUAAUGGGGGAAAAGAUGACUGAACGUGUUAGAAGAAUGAUGUUUUCUGCAAUGCUAAGAAAUGAAGUUGGAUGGUUCGAUGAGGAAGAAAACAGUGCUGAUACCCUGUCAAUGCGGUUAGCGAACGAUGCAACAUUUGUUAGAGCAGCUUUCAGUAACCGACUUUCUAUUUUAAUUCAAGACAGCUCAGCAGUUAUCGUUGCAAUAUUGAUCGGAAUGCUUUUACAUUGGCGUUUGGCUCUUGUGGCUUUAGCCACUCUUCCAGUUCUUACUCUUUCUGCCAUUGCUCAGAAAUUAUGGCUAGCUGGAUUUUCAAAAGGAAUACAAGAAAUGCACAGGAAAGCAUCCUUAGUUCUUGAAGAUGCAGUUAGAAAUAUCUACACCGUUGUUGCGUUCUGUGCUGGUAACAAAGUUAUGGAGCUUUACAGAUUGCAGUUAAGCAAGAUAUUUUAUCAGAGUUUUUCUCAUGGAAUGGCUAUUGGUUUUGCGUUCGGGUUUUCUCAGUUUCUACUUUUCGCAUGCAAUGCUAUUCUUUUAUGGUACACCGGCCUCUGUGUGAAAAACGGGUAUAUGGAUCUCCCAACUGCUCUCAAAGAAUACAUGGUAUUUUCUUUUGCCACUUUUGCCCUUGUAGAACCGUUCGGUUUAGCUCCUUAUAUUCUCAAAAGAAGGAAAUCGUUAAUAUCGGUUUUUGAAAUAAUCGAUAGAGUACCGAAAAUUGAGCCAGACGAUAACGCUGCUUUGAAACCUCCAAAUGUUUAUGGAAGCAUUGAGUUGAAGAAUGUGGAUUUUUCUUACCCAACACGGCCCGAGAUUCUCGUAUUGAGCAAUUUCAGUCUUAAAGUCAGCGGUGGUCAAACGGUGGCGGUUGUUGGGGUUUCGGGAUCCGGGAAAAGCACGAUAAUAUCAUUGAUUGAAAGGUUUUACGAUCCGGUUGCUGGUCAGGUGAUGUUGGACGGACGGGAUCUAAAGCAGUUUAAUUUGAGAUGGUUGAGAAAUCACCUUGGUCUUGUUCAACAAGAACCCAUAAUAUUUUCAACAACGAUUCGGGAAAAUAUUAUAUACGCAAGACAUAACGCCAGCGAGGCGGAAAUUAAAGAAGCUGCAAGAAUAGCAAAUGCUCAUCAUUUCAUCAGCAACUUACCCCACGGGUACGAUACCCAUGUGGGAAUGAGGGGCGUGGAUCUAACCCCGGGUCAGAAACAGAGGAUUGCAAUCGCUCGGGUUGUGUUGAAGAACGCACCAAUCUUAUUAUUAGACGAAGCCAGCUCAUCGAUUGAGUCAGAGUCAAGUCGGGUGGUUCAAGAGGCCCUUGAUACUUUAGUCAUGGGAAACAAAACCACCAUUCUUAUAGCUCAUAGGGCUGCUAUGAUGAGACAUGUUGACAACAUUGUUGUCUUAAACGGGGGUCGGAUUGUUGAAGACGGGACCCACGACUCUUUAAUGGCGAAAAAUGGUUUAUAUGUUCGAUUAAUGCAACCUCACUUUGGAAAGGGUAUACGACCGCAUAGACUUAUGUAGAACGAAUGGAUAUAAUACAUGGGAUUUGUUGAAUUCACUCGUAAAGUCAGUCAUCUCAUCUGUAGUUCUGAAAGAGCUUAUAGAUGGCGGUGGCAGUGGCAGUGGCAGUGGCAGUGGCGGUGAUGGCGGCGGUUAGUGGAUUCAGGGUUUUAGAUAUGGGUUUUGACUUUUGAGGUCCGAUUGCACAUUAUUCUUUUGGAGGUACAGGUUAUAGAAUCUUUGGUGAGUUUCGCUAGAAUUUAGUGUUGAGGUUUGUGUUUGCUUUUAGUUUCUCAUUGUGUGUUUUUAAAUUAUCCAACUGUUUUGUAAAUUUGUAUAUUUUUAAAAAUUUUGUGGAAUGAGGCUUAAAAGGAUCAAGUAAACGUGUUAUUGUAAUCCUUUUUGUAUAUAAAGAGGUUUUAGCGACU